CGGCCUCAUGACCUCCCUCCCUCACACACAAACACACUCUCUCUCUCUCUUAGUCUCUUACACUUUCCCAUUUCCUCUCUAUUGUCCUCUCUGUCUCCUCCCAUUCUUCAAACCAACAACACUAACAAACACUCCUCUCAAAACAAAAAAAAAACAACAUUGUGCACACUCACCCACAAAAAAAACCAAAUCAGAAAACGAAACACACCCAUCAAAAAAAUCAGAAAACACAAACCAACCAACCAACUUUUUGUCGUCGGAAUGCGUGAAUCUCCGGCAACCCAUCAGCGGAGAUCAUGACUACAACUCAACAACAACCACUUUCACAAGUCCAAAAACUUCAAGAAACCCUCAAACUUAAAACAUUAAGAAGAAGCUACAGUCUCUGCUCUCGCACCAAAUUCUCCGAUUCUCAAUCUCAAUCCUCCGACGAAGACGAAGAAGAAGAUGAACUCUCUUCAUCAGAGGAAGAAAAACCCAACCUCACACUCACACUCCCACUCCCCCAACAACAACAACAACAACAACUGGGUAGGGCGAGCCUCCGUCGAGUAUCACCAUGUUCAAUCUCACCAACCACAUCAACAAUUCAAAAAUAUUCAUCGUCUUUCGUCGAACAAGCCGACAAUGACAAUGUAGUUGAGAGGAACCUGCCGAAUGGGGACUACUACACAGGGACAUUCAUAGGAAAUGUGCCCCAUGGGAAUGGCAAGUACCUCUGGUCUGAUGGGUGUAUGUACGAGGGUGAAUGGAGGAGAGGGAAAGCUACAGGAAAAGGGAGGUUUUCAUGGCCUUCAGGUGCAACUUAUGAGGGUGAAUUUAAGGGUGGAAGAAUGGAGGGGAAUGGUACAUUUACUGGGAAUGAAGGGGAUACAUAUAGGGGAAUGUGGGUAGGGGAUAAAAAACAUGGGAAAGGGGAGAAAUUAUAUGCAAAUGGAGAUGUUUAUGAUGGUCAAUGGAAAGAGAAUGUGCAAGAUGGGGAAGGUAAGUAUGUGUGGAGGAAUGGGAAUGUGUAUGUUGGGGAAUGGAGGAAUGGGGUUAUUUUUGGGAAAGGGGAAUUGAUUUGGGCUAAUGGGAAUAGGUAUCAGGGGUAUUGGGAGAAUGGGGUUCCGAAAGGCGCCGGGGUUUUUACUAGGCCUGAUGGGACUACAUAUGCAGGGAAUUGGGGUGGUGCUGGUGCUGGUGCUGGUGGUGAAGAUGAUGGGGUGGUUGAUUUGACAACGAAUACGAAAAGGCGGGCGUCGGUGGAUGGUGGUAGUGGUUCUGAGAGAGGGGUGAAUUUUCCAAGGAUAUGUAUAUGGGAAGCAGAUGAAGAGGCUGGUGAUAUUACUUGUGAUAUUAUUGAUAAUUCAGAGGCUUCCAAAUUGUAUAGAGUUGGUAGUGACAAGUCUGAGAUGGGUUUUAGGCAGAAGAAGAGUCCUAAGGGGAAUUUGAGUAGGAGUCAAAGUCCUAGUCAUUGGAAUAGUAAUGGUAAUGCUAAUGGUAAUGGUAAUGGUAACGGGAGUUCGACGCCGUAUUGGUAUGGAGGAGGAUGUGAUGAGAUUAAGAAGCCUGGGCAACCGAUACCCAAAGGACAUAAGAAUUAUGAGCUUAUGCUUAAUUUGCAAUUGGGGAUCAGGCAUUCUGUUGGGAAGCAUUCUUCGAAAACCCGGGAUCUUAAGUCUUCGGAUUUUGAACCUAAGGAGAAAUUCUGGACUAAGUUUCCUCCAGAAGGAUCCAAACACACACCUCCACAUCAGUCAGCUGAUUUCAGGUGGAAAGAUUAUUGUCCCAUGGUGUUUAGGCAUUUGAGAGAACUAUUUGGGAUUGAUCCAGCUGAGUAUAUGUUAGCAAUUUGUGGAAGUGACGCUUUGAGAGAGUUUUCAUCCCCUGGAAAGAGUGGGAGUUGCUUCUACUUAACACAAGAUGAUCGGUAUAUGAUUAAAACUGUCAAAAAGGCUGAGGUUAAGGUACUCAUUAAAAUGCUGCCAAAGUACUUCGAGCAUGUUUCCAAGUACAAGAAUACCUUGGUGACAAACUUCUUCGGCGUGCAUUGUGUUAAACUUAAAGCAAUGGGUGGUCAGAAGACACGUUUCAUUGUCAUGGGAAAUUUGUUUCACUCCGAGUACCGUAUUCAUAAAAGAUUUGAUCUGAAAGGCUCUUCCCACGGGCGGUCAAUUGAUAAGCCUGAAGGUGAAAUUGAUGAGACUACUACCCUAAAAGACCUUGACCUAAAUUUUGUGUUUCGCCUACAGAAAUCUUGGUUCCAAGAGCUCAUGAGGCAAGUUGAUAGAGAUUGUGAAUUCUUAGAGGCGGAGAGAAUUAUGGACUAUAGUUUGUUAAUAGGUCUUCAUUUUCGCGAGGACUGCCUUAGUAACGAGCGAGGGAUGUCACCUACUGGCAGAGGAACAAACAAAGACCUAAGUUCCCCUCGAAAAUACGAGAUAUUUAAGCAGGACUCAAACUGUAUAAUGGAAGGAAAGAGACCUUUCAUACGGCUAGGAGCAAACAUGCCUGCACGAGCAGAGCGAGUAUCACGGACGGAGUAUGAAGGAAGUAAUGGGACUCCACGAAGUGUAAAUGGUAAUGAUGGGGAGGUAUUAGAUGUUAUUGUAUAUUUUGGUAUCAUUGACAUCCUCCAAGAUUAUGAUAUCAGCAAAAGACUCGAACAUGCUUACAAGUCUUUCCAAGUGGAUGCUGCCUCCAUCUCGGCUGUGGAUCCAAAGCUCUACUCUAAAAGGUUCCGGGAUUUCAUGCAUCGUGUCUUUGUGGAAGAUGAGUAACCAAAAUAAGAAUAUACAACGACACAAAGUGCGUCCCUGGGUCAGGUCCGGGCUUGGCCUGGACCCGCCCCCGCCCCUGUAGAAGACAGCAUUUGGGGCUAUUAACAUCACUUCAAUGAGCAGCAUCAAUGCCUUGUUGAAGAAAUGAUACUAAUAUAUAGAAUUAAUAUUUUUCUUGAUGGCUGUAUUUUUAUGAUCAGCCUAAAAACUGAAAGAGAGAUUAAGGGGGUUAAUACAUUUGUACAUUGUAGGAAACAACCGUGGUUUGGGUUGGGGAGCAUAAUUUUUGUAUUUAUUGUGUGAUCUUGGCAGUCUUUUUUUGAUAAUUAUUUUUUCGUGUUAUCCCUUCCCUGGACUGUUUGCCAGGGUACAGAACACAGAAACUUGUUUCUUGGGAGUUGGGAGUGAAAAGGAAUAGGAAAAUUGCAAAUUAAUUGUACAGUUGAAAAGAAAUCAGCAGGAGGCUUGGAUAUUAGUGAAGUGAACUUUUUUUCUUCUAUUUUUAUUUUGAGUGGCUAUGUUAUAUUUUA